UAGACUUUCUUUAACUUAAUUACUUUUUUAAUUCUAUUCAGAUUUACAUAUCUAUUAAUCCUAUAUUGCCGACUCUGAUAAAAAUGAACAUCUAAGAUACAAAAUUUUUCUCAGCGCUGUUGGUGGUCUUUGACAGUACUUCGUUGACAACUUCGUCGGUACACUCACAUUGGUGUGUUUUGAAUGAAGUUCGAACAGAAGUUCUUUUAGGUUAAAAGAAAGAUAUUGUCACAGUAAUACAUUACGUAUAUACGAAAGCAUUAGGCUAAAUACGGAGCGCAAAUUAGGCAACGUGCUAUGCUGAUCAGUUAUCUCCAGCCUUGCUGUGAUGGAAGAUGCGACAGCAGGUGCGACGGUUUUCUACGAUGACGAAGACGAUUGUUUGGACUAUGAAUGCUUGCACAACAAUGUUGAAUAUGAUUAUGACUAUGCAGAUUCAGAAAAAGAAACCCUCCAUGAAUUAUAUCAAUAUUGUCUCAGUCCCAGUUUAUACGAUACGGGAUAUCAUUUAUUGCCUCUGUUGGGCAGCACAAUUUUGUUUAGACUGUUUGUUCACACUGAAUACAUAUCAUAUAGGAUAUUUCAUAUACUAUCAGUUAUUAUAGGAUUAUAUAUUAUCCAGCAUUAUGUACAAGAGUCUUUAAUAGUAUUAAUAGUGUUCGUUCUACUUUCCUAUGGUAUUUUAUAUGUGCCAAAAAAAUGGCACAGAGAUACAGGGAUCUUUUUACCAUCCCUUUUGAUAAUUGCAUAUUGUGAAUUUUCAAUGCAACCAGUAAUAUGGCAUAGGAUACGCAGUGUAAUAAUGACUAUGGUAAUGAAGGCGAUUAGUAUUGCUAUUGAUGUGAAUGACUCCAAUAAAGUGCCGGACGUUUACAGUUUUAUGGGUUACAUGUUCUGUGGUGUAACUUGUUUAUUUGGACCAUGGAUAUCCUUUAAAGAUUACUUGUCUCUGCGUUAUUCCAAUUAUCAGACAAAAUGGUGGAUAAUAUGUAGUUUAGGAUAUGCCUUUCUUUCCUUUGUCUUCCUGAGCAUCUCAAAUUGCUGGACGCAAUGGAUAUUUGUAGAUAAUUCUUGGAAAUGGUUAAUAGCGUACAGAGAUGCAUUAUCCUUCAGAACAUCUCACUAUUUCGUUUCAUACAUAGCUUCGACUCUGUUAGUUUUGGGAGGAUUUCCUCUUUCAUCAUCAGCAAUAGUUAAACCUUUAUUCAUUGAGUUUCCACGCUCACUUGUUCAAGUGGUCAUAUAUUGGAACAUUCCAAUGCAUUAUUGGUUAAAAACAUAUAUCUUCCGUCCUAGCAUUAAAAACUUGGGAAAAUUUGGCGCGGUAACUGUCACGUAUUUGAUAAGCUCUCUUCUACAUGGAUUGAACUUUCAGUUGGCGGCGAUAUUACUUAGUCUAGGAUUUUAUACAUACGUCGAAUUUCAACUCAGGGCCAUGCUCGCGGAUAUUUUCGACGCUUGCAUCGCAUCUAAACAGUGCGUUAAGCAAAGAUGCACUCACAAAUACAAUUCAUUUAAUUGUUGGUGGGUGUUUAUGACAAAUUUGAUGUUUUCGGGAUUGGCGAUGUUUCAUUUAGCUUACUUAGGUCUCAUGUUUGAUACAUCUGAUCUGCAAGAAACAGGGUAUAGCUACAGACAUACGAUUACCAAAUGGAGUGAACUUGGAUUUGCUAGUCAUUGGGUAGCAUUAGCUACAUAUUGCAUAUAUCUCUUAAUUAAAUAACAAAUUAUUUUAUAAUAUUCCAAUUUAAUUUUUUAACUAUAUACUCAUUUCUUUUUUACGAAAAUAAAUUGGUUUACAUAAGCAAAUUGUACAGCUCGUUUACUGUUUUUUAAACAGUUUUUUCUGUGUAGCAAAAUAGCAUAACAUUAGGAUACAAUUUUAUAUAUAUAAUAUUCAAAAAAGGAUAAAUAAAAUACAUAUUCUUUAUUGAAUAUAUAACACAAUAUAAAGUUCACUGUAUGAUCUAUAUAUACUUUAUAAUUUUAUUAUAUAUAUAUAUAUAUAU